AUGGCUUCAUUGGAAGACGAGCACGCCCAAGUUUACAGACAACUGGUAUCAGUGAUAGAUCAGCUGCUAGUGGCAACGAAGAGGGUCAAAUUGGAAGAGCUUCCGCAGACGAUUGAGAAAGAGUUCGAUGAAGCGUUGCACAAAAUGCCAGAUCUUCAACUGGCUCAUCUGCACGCAGAAAUUCUCAACAAGGAUUCAGAGGAGACGGUAAAUUCAUUUCUGGAGAAAAUGCUGAAUAUCAGGCUUCGCAUAAUAGAACAGCACAUGAUAACAUAUCCCAUACUGCGCGCUAUCCACACUGAAACUGAUUCUAAUAUAGCCAGACUAGCAAAAGAAUGCGACACGUCCAAUAAGUCUCUUAUGGAUGAAUUAAACAAAAACGAUAGUAUUCAUAGUUUCCUUGAUGGUACAAUCGCAAAUGUGAACGAGAGCCUUGGAGGGCUUCGUGAAUUGGUACAAAACUAUCUAAAUCUGGUGGAGGAAAAUAAAAACCUCUCUUUUCAAAAUAAAAUUAGAGAGGAAGAGCAGAUUCCGGAACUGGAGCGGUUGAAAGAAAGAUAUACUCAUCUUAUAAAAAAGAACCUAGCCUUGAGCAGUUUCAAUAUUAGUCUCAUAUCUUCACUUUCCAAAUCUGAUGUGUACAAUGAUUCAUAUUUGCGCGAGACACUGCUAUUUUGUGGUGAUUACGAUGAUUACAAGCUUGAAGAAUAG